CGCGAUUUUAAUAUCUCCUACCUCUCGCUUGCUUGUUGCUUGACUUUUGCCGAAUUGUCAAAUCAUCCGAUCUGGGUUGCAACCAUCCUUUCAGGCACCGUCUGCCUCGACAAAACCUACUGCCGACAUCAUCUUUCCCCAGACACCGGUCCAGAGUAUCGGUUUUAGGAUUCCAACCUGCUUGCAAUUGUGAUUAUUCUGCACGCAUAUUUGCGACUCCAUUUUAUCCCUCGUCACACUUUUGAACAAAGUUCCCACGUUCCAACCCACUCACCUUCCAUAUUGCCCCAUCACUCUUUUCAAAGGGAGAUAGAAAGACAAGACACGAAUCUAAGGACAGCUUUUAUCCCUGCUGGCCAGAACUUUAUCUACCCUUCUACUCCUUGAAAUUGAGUCUACUCCUUUCCACCAAUCGACAACCCGUCAUAAAAUUCCGAUUUUCUGUGCUCAUACAUCUCUUACAUUUGGAGCUGGGACCAACCCAGUCUCAUUCGGGAACACGCCAGUUUCCGAGAAUUCACGUCGCUUUCAAAAAGAACCGGGGGUAUCCGAUCACGGCGGACCAAUCCCGAGUGUAUGAACAGUUGGCCGCCAUUCAGGAAGGUGUUAAAAACAAACUGGUUUGCUAUCGGAGGACGGCAACGAUCCGAAGGCUGUGCGAGUCAAGUCACAAGUCAGUCCGUCUGUGCAGAUUUCUAUCGAUCUCAACCGAUCAACUAUUUCGCCUGCGCCGUUGGUCGAUUAUAUUGUGAUUUACAAGUGGCUCGAACGGUUCUGAGGUUCACGAGAGAAGCACUCGCAGGCGAUCAGCAAGCUAUAUAUUAUUUAUAUUAGAGAGAGAGAGAAGGCAGCUUUUUUCUUUUUUUUUUUCGAACCUGCAAAUAAGAGGGAGAGGCCCGCAACUUAUUUUUUUGUUGUCGAGGGGUGGAAAGUGAGGGUUCUUUCAAAGCACCUUUUUCUCAUUGAACAGCGGAUAAGUGCGGUAACCUGGUGGUCGGGUUAACUAUAAAGGAUCAUUUAGCAGGUUAAGGCUCGACUCUCAUUAAGCCCAAAGGAUUUUCUCAUUUGUUGGGGUAGGCUCGCCAACUGGUGAGCAUUUGGGCUAUUCUGACCUUGAAUUUUGAAUUCGUAUCGUUUGUGAUCUGCACACUAGUCCGUCUGGAGGAGACUGGGGAAAAAGGAAGAAAAAGAAGCUCAGUUGUGAGAACAAAAGGGCAAAACACAUCGCUUACAAGACAAUUUUUGGGUUGCCUUGCUGUCUGAUUCGAGAGGGGCAGGAGCUCCGGCCAAUUUUACUUCGCACAGACUGUCUUUCGCCUCCAGAAGGAUUUGUCCCCCGCAAAACGCUUCGCGCACCACAAUUGAACCCUUUUUCUGCAGAACCUCACCUCCCUUCGUGCUCAAACCUUCUCUGGUAUUGGGAAGUUUAAAGGCACAUCCCUUCCUGCCAACUCAGCCCUUCGAUCAUCUCUUGUUUUCAUCUUGUUGAAUCCUUUGAAAACCUCCAACCAGAGUCUAGAACGAUUUCUCCACACCCAAUAUGGACCUAACCAAUAUUUUAAACACCAAGGAUGCGGCCGCUGCAGCAGCAGGCGCUGCACCUCCACUUACUCUCUCUUUGGAGAUGCAGAAGAAUCCCUACUUGGCUAACCCGGGUGCGCACCCCCACAGUCCUGCUGCGUCAGACUUCAUCUCGGAUAGAGAAGGAUCACCUCAUUCAUCUACUUCACCAUCGGCCUCGGAGCAUUCACCUAGUGCCUACCCAUUACCAAGUAAUGCUUUAGUCUCUGCGAACGGAUCAUAUUCAGGUGUACCCUCUGGUGCAGUUAAUACAGUACCACGAGGUCCUGGUAGGCCAUCAUCAGGGGAUCCUUACUCAAAGGCAUUUCCUUGCAGUGUGUGCAGUAAGGGUUUUGCACGCCGUAGUGAUCUCGCUAGACAUGAACGAAUACAUACUGGUGUCAGACCACAUGUCUGUGACUACCCUGGCUGCGAUAAACAGUUCAUUCAGCGGUCAGCAUUGACUGUACAUGCUCGUGUCCAUACUGGGGAGAAGCCCCACAUGUGUGACACUUGUGGAAAGCCGUUUAGUGACUCAAGCUCGCUUGCUAGGCACCGUAGGAUACACUCAGGGAAGCGCCCGUACAAGUGCCCUUAUGCAGACUGUCAGAAGACGUUUACUAGACGAACUACACUCACUCGUCAUCAGAACCACCACACUGGGACAAUAAGUGAAGCAGCGGCGGCUACAGCGGCCGCACUAGCUGCCAGACCUACCUUACCGAAGCCUGGGAGGCCACCAAGAUCCCCCAAUGCACGUCCUUUGGGGCGCCCUCCAAAUGAUUCAAACCCAAGCUCGGCACAUUCAACACCUUCACCCGGCCAGAGACAUGCUUCUCUAUCGCCAUCAACAGAACUUCCUCCGCCAUUCUCGGCCCACCGCCAAGGUGGAGAUUAUCAUUAUCGACAGAGCAAUAUCACUUCCCACCCCUCGACUUCUUUGAUGAAUGAAUUGCAGCCUCUGACACCCCGUCCUACACCCACGACAACACCAACAAUAUCCUCCGGAAUGGUUCCUGCUGGGCCUCGUCAACCUCCUACCUCGAACCCGACUUUUAUGUCAUCAUUGCCACCAAUCCUUGAACCUCCGCCAAAGCCUGACGCGCAGCGCCAGGGCAGCCCACAUCUCUCUGGAAGUCCUCACAUGUCUGCCGCUGGGAGUCCACAUAUGUCUCAUCCUAGCCCUCUCUUUUCUCCCGGGUAUCGCUCGCCCUCGUGUCACUCAACCGUUUCCGAAGAUACAGUAUUUUUCCCACCUCACAACUCUUUCCAAUCUCCAGUUCUUGGCUCGCACUAUGGUAGCGAUCAUCUCCGAAGGCCCCACUCAAGUGACAGUCUUCACUCUUAUGAGCAAAGAGAGGUAAGAUUGCCCGGCGUGUACCCAUGAGCUGCCUGGAUUAUUGGCACAACUGGGAGCAGGCUUCGGAGCAAUUUUGUCCACGAGACUAUUCCUAGUGGUAUUGAAGAUAGUUAUGGCCAGUUUCUGGCUCGCGCAUACGGGGAGGGUAUACCUCUUUAUUUUUAUUUUUAUAUAUUUCCCUAAUUUCCUACUCUCCAGUUGCAUCUUUUUUUACUUCCAUGCUCUGUUAUCUGGCGCGGUGUGUCGUUUUUGCUAUAGAGGCGGCGGGGUUACUUGGUGCCCACGUCUUUGGAGUGGCUGAAGUCCAUUUUAAAGCUUUACUCUGGGAAUUGGUGUCUGCCAUGACUCGGUUUUGGUAUUAUGUGGUCCCCAUUUCUGUGUUCUUAUGUCCCAUUUUCUGGUCGUGAAGCGCCGAUGUGGGGCUUCACAGUGCCAUUACCUCCGUAAUAUUGAGAAGCACGGGGUGGUUGUGCGGAUAGUUCCCGGGUUGAUAGGAAUUGCGGUCGGAACAAACUCCGCGACAGCGGAUGCUGGGGAAUUGGUGUUCCUCGGGCCCGCGAUCGGGCUGUUCCACUCGGUUGGCCGAAGUUGCGACUUUUCUUAUUUAUCUUAGAUUUUACCACCUUUCUCUUUUCUCCAUGAUGAAUUCCCUUUCCCCCUCGCAUCCAAUUCGGUAACAUGGGAAUCUCCUGCAGAGGGGGGCCUUGUAAGAUGUGAGCAUUUUCGGGAGCUAUUCAGGGUCUUUAAUUCUCUUUUUCUUUCCUGAUUUUUUCCCUUUCACAUUCCAUUUUCCUCUAUAUUCGGCUUUCAUUUCCUCAUCUUGGAUAUAGAAGGUUGCGGUGACGAAGGUUUAUGACCUCAUGAUAACUUGCUUGCAAAGUUGGAUUCCCUAGCAAACAAAGGUCCCAAUUCUGUUUCUGGUGUUUUCUUCCAUUUUCUUUCUGUAACUUGUUGUAUGAUGUUCCUAUUUCCCCUCUGCUUCUUCGUGUCUCCUGAUCUACCAUUGUUGCUACUUUUUCUUGCGGCUUGGUGUUCGUUUGUAUGUGUUUGCUUUCCCGCGUUCUUAAAAGGUCCGGUGGUCGGGGUGUUUUUUUUGAUACAAAAAGAGUUCUAGCUGUUUUAGUUAAAUAGAAGUGACAGGUUGUGAUUGA